UGUCAUUUUUUUUUUCUCUUUGCUUCUUUUCACUUUUUUUUUUUUUUCCUUUUAAUUACAUUACACUCAAACAAGCACACAUAUACAUAUAUAUCUAUAUAUUUAUCGAUAUAUCUAUAUGUCAUGAGCGUCUCUCAUGGGAGGGCCAAACAACCACGUGAACGGAAUUCCAUCUUGAAGAAAUAUUACGGUCUUCCUUCAUCUACCAAUGAAGAGCAAGCUGAUCCUUUGGAUAUUGAUGAUUCGGGUUUUGAUAGUUUAAAGUAUUUUGCCAAACUUGUCAAGGAACAACCUCUCAGUGGACUUGUCAAGAAUGAUAAUAUUCUUGUAGGAGAGAUGCGUGAAAUUGAUGGUGAUAUGAAAACUCUGGUAUAUGAAAACUACAGCAAAUUUAUCAGCGCAACAGAUACGAUUCACAAAAUGAAGUCUAAUGUAGAAAGUAUGGAAUCUGAAAUGGGUCGACUUAAUGAUAAUGUCAACAGCAUCUCACAACAAUGUGCCAAGAUCAACCAGGCGUUAGAACCUAACCGCACCAAAAUUAAACAACUCGAAAAUAAACACAAUCAACUUCAACAAUUACAGUUUAUCUUUGAACUACCUCAGCGUUUAGAACGAUACAUGGACUCCAAUCACUAUGAUCAAGCUGUCAAUUGUUACAAUCGAUCAAGGAAACUAUUGGAUCAUUACCAACAUAUACCUGCCAUCAAAGAAAUUGAACGUGAUUGUUGUUCUAUCAUGGAUAAGAUCAAGCAACAUCAUGAGAAUUCUGACUCAGAUCUCGGACAUACCUGAAUUUAUUUUCACUUUUUUUUUUUUAUUUUUAUUUUGUAUUUUUUUAGAUAUUUUAUUUUUGAAUUAAUAAAUCAUCACCUG